AUGGCGAAAUCACUUCGAGUACCAAAGCUCGAUCUCUCCGCCAUCCUCGCGUCCCAGAAUCCGCAGAUUGACCUGAGACUCGAAGCUUACGAAGUUUCCACGCGCAACUUCUUGAAAGCGGUUUCCAGCUAUACUCAGAGAGCGCUAACAGAAAUCACCAAUCGCAAGAAUGGGCACUUAACAGAUCGAAAGCGUCUGGUUGAAAAGCUUCAGCAUAUUGAAGCAGAGACAAACCAAUGCAAGAUCAGGGAGAUAGAGUUGAUUAAGAUUCUGGAUAGAGAACGGGAAGAAAGGAAAGAGGCGGAGGCUUCCGUUUCUUCCUUCAGACGUCAACUUGCGAGCAUCAAAGAGAAGUGCGUUGUCCUAGACGGAGAGGUAGAGCAACAUCGUAUCAUUGCAGCAAAUCUUCGCCGAGAGAGGAGCAGGGAACGGGCAUUGCUUGAUUCACAUGCUGCGCAGGUAGCCCCAGAGCUUGCCGACUGUGAGAGGUGGCUACAAUGCCAUAUAGAAGGGAUUGACAAGGACAAGAUUCUUAUCCGCUUCCUGCGUCUGGAUGCUGCCGAUUCUACUCGCGAGUUCAGCUUGGUAGUCGACGUUUCCAAUCGCUCUUACAAAGUACCCACGACAACCCCCUUUCUGCCCACCCUCCCUAUUCUUCUCGACGAGCUGAAUGAGACGCGCGAUAUCUAUACGUUUUUCAAGCAGGUCAGGCAAUCUUUCGUUGAAGUUGUGCAGCAGGGGAGAUAA